CUCCCUUGGACAAGUUAAGGAGUCACUCGUGCAAGAUGUUCCAACGCGUUGGAAUUCCACUCUCGAGAUGAUAAAGCGCGUGAGGCGCAACAGAGACGCACUGCACACAACGCUGUCUCUGCAGAAGCACAACCUGGCCCUCCCAACAAAUGCGGAUUAUGAGAAGUUGGCAAAGCUAGAGAAACUGCUGGAGCCAUGCAGGUACAUCACUGAGCUCCUUGGUGGAGAUAAGUAUGUAUCCUGCUCUGUGGUUCUACCUGCCCUGUGCCACCUCCAGCACGCGAUGAACAUCUCAGAUGAUGAUCCUGCCUAUAUUGUGCGAUUCAAGGCUGCCUUCAUCAAGGACCUCAACCAGCGGAGGGAGAAAAUAAACCUGGAAUGGCUUAAGGUGGCGACUGCUCUAGAUCCACGAUUUAAGGACCUCAAGUGCUUGCCCAGAGCAGAGAGGGAGCCAGUGUGGGCAAAGCUAAGUGCGUUGAUGAAGGGAGAAGAACCUGCUGUGCAGCCACUCAGGGAGGAGAACCCUGAGCCACCCAAGAAGAAAACAGCCCUGCUACUGAUGGGAUCCGACUCAGAAUCAGAUGAGGAGACACCAGAAGACAGUACAGUGGAGAGGUACAAGGUAGAGCCCAGUGCCAGUCUAGACCAGUGUCCACUGAAAUGGUGGUCGGAGCACACUGCUGUCUAUGGUAAGAUGGCCCAAAUUGCCCGUAAAUACUUGGGGACCCCUGCCACAACUGUCCCAUGCGAGAGACUUUUUUCUUUAGCAGGCCAUAUUGUGCAGAAGAGGAGAGCUUGUUUGUCACCAGAAAAUGUGAACAAACUGGUCUGCCUGAGUGACUGGUGGAAGAAGGAGAAAUAGAGCUUUGACUGACACAAAGCUACUGACUGUAAACAGUUCAUUACAACCUGUUAUAUAGGCCUACUGUUCAACUAAAAAUAAACAGUUAAUAAACACAAGUACAUCUCAUUGUCAUUGAUUUAUUUUCAUCACCAAUUAUCAUAGAACAGCUUUCUCAAGCAGUUUGUGAUGCAUUUUGGAAACUGGAGAUGAGCCCCUGGUCUAAUGCACCACCUGGCUUGAGAAACCCGUUCUCAAAGACUUACUUUUAGUCAUUAUUUGGGUAGCACACAUAUUCUGAAUGCCUUCGGCAGAAUUCAAAUGAGCCAUUUUAAUC